AUGGUCGACUUGUCAACAUCCUUGAUUCAUGGCGAUGAUAAAGAUAACCGAGUUACUGACGUCGCACCGCCUAUCAAUGUCUCUACGACCUUCCGUUAUGAUGAUGACGAUCUAGUUCCAUGGACAGAGCGUGAAAACCUGGACUUUAUGGAAAAGAAACCCAUAUAUUCACGUCUAGCACAUCCAAACAGCACCAGAUUGGAAAGCAUAUUUUCAGAGAUCUUGGAUGGAUAUGCAGUCAUUUAUUCCUCUGGUUUAGCUGCGUUUUAUGCGGCAAUGGUACACUAUAAUCCUAAGAGGAUCUUUAUCGGACAGAGCUAUCAUGGUGUUCGAGCAAUUGCAAACAUCUUGUCCCGUAAUUACGACAUCAAGCAAUAUCCCCUGGAAGAUAUUGAAAAAUACGCUUCUGAAGGUGACAUUGUCCACUUAGAAACUCCUGUAAACCCAUAUGGUACAUCAUCCGAUAUUGAGAGUUUGGCCCAUAGAGCUCAUGCAAAAGGCGCCCUCCUCAUAGUGGAUUCCACAUUUGCAUCUCCGCCACUGCAAUAUGUAUGGAAUUUUGGAGCAGAUAUUGUCUUGUAUUCUGCUACUAAGUACUUUGGUGGCCACUCGGAUUUAUUAAGUGGUGUCCUCGUGGUUAAAGAAGAAGAGACAUCUCGGCAAUUGAAAGACGAUAGAAUUUAUUUGGGCACGAACGUAGCAAAUCUGGAAAGCUUCAUGUUGUUACGAUCCCUACGGACCUACGAAAUGAGGAUAACUAAACAAUCAGAAAAUGCAACGAAGUUGGUAAAAUUUUUGUCAGAUCACCAAUCUGAAUUCGGCAAAGUACUGAAAAAGAUUUACCAUUCUUCUUUGCAAAGAGAAGAAUUCGUCAAAAAGCAACUAGUGGGUGGAUACGGUCCCGUCUUUGCAAUCACUUUACAAACGAAGGAGCAGUGCAAGCAGUUGCCUCUCAAGUUAAAAUAUUUCCAUCAUGCAACCUCACUAGGUGGAAUUGAGUCUCUUGUUGAAUGGAGAGCAAUGACGGAUCCAUAUAUCGAUCAAACUUUGAUUAGAGUGUCUGUGGGAUGUGAAUCCGCUAACGAUCUCAUAAAAGAUUUAGCCUCAGCAUUGAAGGAAUUACAAGAUGCAGCUUGA